AUGACAAGUCAGCAGCCUGUACCAGCCUUGAUGAAGGCGCUGAGGCUGGUCGAGUUCAACAAGAAUUACCAGCUCCGAGAUGACAUCCCUGUGCCCUCGCCUGAGCGGGGUGAGCUGCUCGUGCGAGUUGCCGCAGCUUCAUUCUGCCACACUGACUACCAAGUCUACCAAGGGACGUAUGGCACUCAGCUGCCCUUCACCGGGUCACACGAGCCGGCCGGCACUGUUGCAGCUCUUGGUCCCGGCGUUGACGCAAGUACCUGGCGUGUCGGUGAUCGCGUGGGCGUUCUGAACUUUCGCAAGCCAUGUGGCGCAUGUGCGGGCUGCAAAUGGCGCAAGCAGGCAUACAAAUCUCUCGAUGCACGUUUCUGCGAAAACAAGACCAUGAGCGGUAUCCAGCGUGCCGACGGCGGCUUUGCCGAGUACAUGCUGGCGUCGCAGGAGGCUCUAGUGCACCUCCCCGAUAGUCUCUCGUUUGAGCAGGCAGCGCCGCUCAUGUGCGCAGGAGCGACUAUAUGGAAUGCGAUACAGCAGACCGGAGCAACCGAGGGCCAGACCCUGGGCAUUGUGGGUGUUGGCGGACUCGGUGUAUUGGGUAUCCAGAUGGCCAAGGCACGCGGUCUCCGCGUCGUAGCUAUCGACAAGCACGACGCGGGGUUGAGACUGGCCAACAACGUUCCAGAGCAUUUGAGGCCUGACCUCGUUGUCAACAUAUCCGAAGACUCUUCCGCAGACAGAAUCACCGAGUUUGCAGACGGCAUUGGGCUCUCGGCCGCUGUAACAUGCACUGACGAUGUUGGCGCGACCGAUUGGAUCCUGCACCGCCUUCACCCUCAGGGUGUUUGUGUCGUGCUUGGACUCCCCGACACUGGGUUCAAGUUUGACGCUUUUAAUCUAGUCUUCCGCGAAAUUGUUGUCAAGGGGUCUUUGCACUGCAGUGUCGAUGAUGUCAAGGAUAUGGUGGAUGCCGUAGCUCAUCAUGGAAUUAUCAGCCACGUCACUAUCAUUGGGAUAGAUGAGGGUGAGGAUAUACCACAGAGAGCUCACGACCGGUCAUUUACUGGUCGACUUGUAGUCCGAAUUUAA